GGUAUCCUGGACAGUUCCCCAGUUUUAUAUCCAAACUCCGAUUUUUCAACGCUCGUAGGGCCGCCACUGCGGCAGUGUAAAGUUCUCGAAACUGUUGAGACGAGCAAAGCGAGCUUGAGAAGAUGGAGGGAAUGCUCCGUUAUAAAAGGCAUAUCGGCCACCGAUCAGCAUGCUAACUUAUAUAUUAGUCGGCCGUAUAAUACUAGGGACUAUGCGCUGGCGCAGACCCCGUUCGCCCGUGUACUGCAAUGUCGACUGCGAGCAGGGGCAAAAUAGAAACGUAAAUUACCCAUGCGCAACGAAAGCUUUACUCGUACCCUUCUGUUGAUGCUAUAAGACAUGUAGUACAGAAGCCGACGACUUUUGUUUACUUCCCGCUUCGUUUGUCAGACGCCGUUUUGAUUACACAUUUUCCAUUUACAACUACCGCCGACCGACCGAUCUGCCGGAGAGCGUGAGACGGAAUGGCUGAAGUUGUUCCGAAUCGUGGCCCACAGCUCAUUGCUGUGAUAGCGGUGCUGCUGGUCUUCUCAUUGACGGCGAUAGUGUUAAGAUGCUAUGUUCGGAUAAGCCUCGUGAAGGCUUUCGGUGUGGAUGAUUAUCUCAUGAUCUUUGCCAUGAUAUCAUUUAUCCUGUUCUGUGCUGUUGCUGCCACCGGUGUACAUUAUGGUACCGGCCGUCAUUACUGGGACCUCCAACCAGAGGAUAUAUCAGAAGCCUUGAAGUACUGGUAUUUCUGCUACAUCUGGUAUUGCGUGACGAUGAUCUUAACAAAGAUCUCUAUCGGAUAUUUCCUGCUGAGAAUCACCGUCGAGCGGAUACACACCUGGAUCAUUGGCAGCGUCAUGCUGGUUACCGUCGUCACCGGCAUCAUCUUUUUCUUUGUUACAAUGCUGCAGUGCGCUCCGGUCUCCUACUUCUGGGACAAGACUGGAAAUGGAUCCUGCAUAAAUAUCGACGUCAUCAUCAUUCUCACCUACGUAUACAGUGCUUUCAGUGUCAUCUGCGACUUCACUUUUGCACUGCUUCCGAUUGCCCUCAUCAUGCAACUUCAGAUGAACAGCAGGACCAAGAUUGCAUUGAUCCCUAUUAUGCUUAUGGCAUGCGUUGCGAGUGCUGCAGUUGUUGUCAGAUUUCCCUAUGUAAAGGACUUUAAGAACAUCGACUUCUUGUGGGCGACCACCGACAUUGCAAUCUGGUCUACUACUGAGCAAGGCCUAGCCAUCACGGCCGGCAGUCUUGCCACCCUCCGACCGCUCUUCAGGAAGAUUGCAUCCAAGCUGGGAUGGUCGACAAUGCGAUCCACUGGAGAUGUCCCGGGCGGUUCUGCGAGUAACCGUAACACAACUGGCCGUUCGAAGAAGAAGGGAUCGCGCGACCCAUUCAGCCUCGCCACUUUUAACCGAAACGAAGACGACGAUGAGGAGGCAAGAAAUCUGAGCGAAGACGGGCAGAUAAAAUUGGUGAACGGAUAUCAAGGAGGUUUCCAAACAACAAUCACCGCUGGACCAAAGUCCGUGUGGAAGCCAAAAGGACGCGGAUCAGAUAACGAGAGUGAGGAGGAGCUUCGGAUGGAGGGAUCGAAAGUGAAGAGCUUUCUCAUCACUGAGGAGACCAUAUGAAAACCUUGCCGUACGACGCCUUACCGUACGAUAGAGCUCACGACGCAGGCUGUCUGCAUUUUCUUGCUUGCUAGUUGUCACGACAUAAUACCCCAGGCAGAUCCAGCAGAGCAGCGGGGAAUGACAACAAACAUAAUUACGUUGGUCGGAAGAGGCUCUGGUCUCAGGAUACAGUCAUUCUCCACUGCUGCUGUAAUAGAUCCGCAGCUUGUAUCAUAUAUAGAAAUACCCAAUGUUUACGG